CAGAAAUCGAAACCUAUCCGUGGAAUAAAAGCGGAUCUUGUCAAAAGUGUCAGAGUCCAGAGCACACACACUGCUGCUCAGCAAACUUCACCUUUCAGUUUGGGAACAUGUCUUUUAAUCAGCAGUCACCUUUUUACAACCCAAGAAUCCCUUUCACUGGAUCAAUCCAUGGUGGUCUGCAGGAGGGGCAGUCUAUCAGCAUCAGUGGACGAGUCCUGCCUAGAGCAGACAGGUUCCAUGUGAAUCUGCAAUGUGGUUCAAGGGCUGGUGCAGACAUUGCUCUCCACAUUAACCCGCGAUAUGAAGGCCAACUUUAUGUGGUUAACAACACCUUCCAGUAUGGCAGCUGGGGCGCUGAAGAGAGGAAGUACAACUCUCCAUUUCCUGCUGGAUCUCCCUUUAGCUUGCUAAUCACUGUCUCACGGGAUUCCUACCAGUUGAACGUCAAUGGCAUCCACUUUGCGGACUACAGACAUCGCCUCCCAUUUCAGCAGGUGGACACCAUCUCAGUAGCCGGGAAAGUUGAAAUUUCCUCCAUUGUCUUCCAGAACCCUGUGGGUGCCUUCCCUUCUUAUCCAGCAUUUUCCUCACAGCCUGGAUUCCCACCACAGCCUGGAUUCCCUUCGCAUCCUGGAUUCCCUCCACAGCCCGGAUUUCCUCCACAGCCCGGAUUUCCUCCUGCAAUGCCUGCCGUUCCAUACAGAAGCUUCAUCAGUGGUGGACUCAGGCCUGGCAAGACCAUUACAAUCCAAGGAACUGCACACCCCAAUGCCACAAGGUUCCAUGUGAAUCUCAGUCAUCAGUCUGGCAUUGCUCUGCAUUACAAUCCACGCUUCAACGAGAGCACUGUGGUUCGAAACAGCAAGACAUGGGAUCAGUGGGGCCCUGAAGAACGUGGUGGAGGGAUGCCCUUCCAACGGGGGCAACCUUUCACGCUGACCAUCUGUUGUGAGAGUCACUCCUUUCGACUUGUGGUCAAUGGAAUGCAGGCACACAACUACAAACAUCGUUUCACUCAGCUCCAGAACAUUACCACCCUGGAGAUCGAAGGGGAUGUCAGUCUGACCUCGGUGAAUGUGUAGAGAUUCAUCACAUCUUACAACAUGGUUUUUCUGAUUGUAAUCAUCACAGAACACAAUUGUGGGUCAUUCCAUAUAAUAUUAAGCAGAUAUAAAAAGGAUUCCUACUUAAUUCCCUCAGAAUCAGCUCAUUUCAUAUGUACAAUAACUUUAGUAUAUUUAAUUAAGCUAUGCUGAAGUUUAUGUCGAUACUACUGCUAGUACAGGAGAGAGGCACAUGACAUUUUCUGGGCUAAAAACACAUUUGAGGACUGUUUUAAAUAUAAAAACUCAUUUCAGGUGUCACAAUCAAAAGUCAGACUCUUAUUUUUGUUCUGCAUGUUUUCUUCUAUACAAACAAUUUAGACAUUAAUAUUAUGAGACAUAUAUAUAGUUUCAAUAGCAAAAUAGUACCAGUUCAAUGUCUAGACACAGAGCUAUAAGAAGCAAGAAUUAGUAUAAUGAAUGUAUUAUUUUUUUCCCAAUAACCUUUAAAAAGGGCAUUUUGGUUAAAACAUAAAGGGCGAUGUCAUCGUGCUUGGUAAGUGGUUGGUCAAAACAAGAUAGUGCAAAUAAAAGGUCUUAUUUUAACUUACAUUUUCAUCAGUGUUGUCUUGUAACAGCUGGUGCUCUGUGUCGUUCAGACCAGGCGACACUUGUGUGCCCCAUCAUGCUCCUGGAGUCAUGUAAGGGUCACACUGAGGAUCAACAUGGUCAGUUCCCCACUAUGGCACACCAGUCUUGAACUCAAUCAUGGCUCAUCUUCUAGCCACGAUUCCUUCUGUGUCAAAAUAAUUUGUAAUAUGACGCUCAAUAAUGAGGGAAAAAGUCAUGCCAAUUAAAAGCGCAACAUUUCGACCCACCUUCCUGUACUUCAUGGACCUGUAACUAUAUUUACAGUAUGAAAGUAAAACUUUGCAUAGCUUCAUCAAAUAUACUAAAUGUAUUCUAUAUUUAAAAAAAAAUCUGCUGAUUCAGAGGUACUGAUGGAUUUUUCAUGGAAUGACUCUUUCUGCAUUUAUUAUUGACUUCAUGCAAAUUGAUAACUUUGGCUAUGUACUGGAUAGUGUAUAUUCACCACCUGCAAAUAUAACAAGUAAUCAUUCUCUUUAUCAUUUUCCGAUAUAAUUGCACUGAAUAAGUGCCACUGAGAUGCAAGGAGACAAAACAAGUUGAGAAAAACUAUGUACAUUAAAACAAGUCAUUUUUUUCAACUCAUACUAUUGGAUGUUAUAGGGCAACAGAUUGGAUUCUGCUUACAAAGUUGCUGGUACAGUAUAAUGGCCAACCAUAAUGAACAAGCUUGCUUCUUAAAUGUGUAAUCAUUAAUGCUUUUAAUAAACAUAAAAUUGAAAUAUUGUAUUAAAA